UUCUCGAAGCUCAACCAUCCAACAGCAACAACAACAAUGUCUUCAUUAGGCCUAACCCGUCUAUUACGUGGUCGCAUGCGUUCCAAUACCUGCCGCAUUAUUCUCUUGACUUCCCUGGUCUGGGUCAUUGUCGACUUUGUGCUAAUUGCCCAUUAUUCGGAUUGUAUCGGCAAGGAUGGCUGGCGGUGUAAACGUAACGGUGAAUAUGAUGUUGAGUUACCUGUUGCUGAAAAACGUGUCGACGAUGAUAUGGUCGGCGACAAUGAAAUCAACACCGAAAACAGUAUAGACAAUGACGGUGGUGGCGGAGGAGGUGGUGGUAUCGGCGGCGGUGGUGGUAGUGCCGCCAAUCGUGAUGAUAAUGCCCUGGUGGGACAAAUUGGCCAUGGCUUUGUUAGCGGUGGCAUUUCAGCGACAUAUCGCAGUACAGUGCUGCGCAAAUGGUAUUCCGCACCAACCGUACACGAACAGAAGGGCAAGCCGGGUGAGCUGGGAAAACCCGUGAAAAUUCCCACUGAAAUGAAAGAAUUGGCCAAAGAGAAAUUCAAAGAGAAUCAAUUCAAUUUGGUUGCCAGCGAUUUGAUUUCGUUAAAUCGUUCGCUUACCGAUGUCCGACAUGCAAACUGCAAAAAGAAACAUUAUCCUUCGAAACUGCCAACCACCUCCAUAGUUAUAGUUUUUCACAAUGAAGCCUGGUCAACGCUGUUGCGUACCGUCUGGAGUGUGAUAAAUCGUUCGCCACGUACCCUGCUGAAGGAAAUCAUUCUGGUCGAUGAUGCAAGUGAAAGAGAUUAUCUGGGUAAAAAAUUGGAAGAAUAUGUUGCGACACUACCCGUGCAUACAUUUGUUUUGCGUACACAAAAACGUUCCGGUUUGAUACGUGCUCGUUUAUUAGGUGCUGAACAUGUGACGGGUGAGGUUAUUACAUUCCUUGAUGCCCAUUGUGAGUGUACCGAAGGUUGGCUGGAGCCAUUGCUGGCACGUAUUGUACAAAAUCGUCGCACGGUUGUAUGCCCCAUUAUUGAUGUUAUAUCCGAUGAAACAUUUGAAUAUAUAACAGCAUCCGACUCCACAUGGGGUGGUUUCAACUGGAAGCUAAACUUUAGAUGGUAUCGUGUUCCUCAACGCGAAAUGGAGCGACGCAACAACGAUCGCACCGCUCCAUUACGUACACCCACCAUGGCUGGUGGUCUAUUUUCCAUAGAUAAAGACUAUUUCUAUGAAAUUGGUUCCUAUGAUGAAGGCAUGGAUAUUUGGGGUGGUGAAAAUCUGGAAAUGUCAUUUAGGGUUUGGAUGUGUGGCGGUAUUUUAGAGAUAGCUCCAUGUUCACGUGUUGGCCAUGUCUUUCGUAAAUCGACUCCGUAUACAUUUCCUGGCGGUACAACGGAAAUUGUUAAUCAUAACAAUGCUCGUCUGGUUGAGGUUUGGCUGGACGAUUGGAAAGAGUUUUACUACAGCUUUUAUCCAGGUGCUCGCAAAGCAUCCGCUGGUGAUGUUAGUGAACGUCGCGCCAUGCGUGAACGUCUGAAGUGUAAAUCAUUCCGUUGGUAUUUGGAAAAUAUCUAUCCUGAGAGUUUAAUGCCCCUGGACUACUACUAUUUGGGUGAGAUUCGCAAUGCCGAAUUGGAAACCUGUCUGGAUACAAUGGGCCGUAAAUAUGGCGAAAAGAUUGGCAUGAGUUAUUGCCAUGGUUUGGGUGGCAAUCAAGUCUUCGCCUACACGAAACGACAUCAAAUUAUGUCCGAUGAUUUGUGUUUGGAUGCAGCCCAAUCACUGGGCCCAGUGAAUAUGGUGCGCUGUCACAAUAUGGGUGGCAAUCAGGAAUGGGUGUAUGAUUCAGAGGACAAAUCAAUACGACACACAAAUACCGGCAAUUGUCUACAACGGCCAUCAAGAGAAGAUCCCACAACACCGUUACUGCGUCCCUGCAACUAUUCACGGGGGCAACAGUGGCUGAUGGAGUCGAAAUUCAAAUGGCAAGCUCAUUAGUUGUAAACCUAGUUGUUUGUUGGCUUAUGUUUUAUUUUUUUAUUAAUUGUGUUUUAGUUAG